AUGCUCAAAGAAAAGCUUUGGCUCAAAGUAGGUGUGUCGCUCGCAUUCGCGGCUGCAUUAAUCUGCUGCACGGUUUUGAGCUUUGAAGUGCUUUGCAAUAAGGACGACAUGAAGGCUGGUAUCAUUACCUUCACUUUUAGGGCGCCCCCCACACAGGUACCGCUCCGUGCAAGGGGCCUGAUCCCAACGGCCGUGACCCAAGCUGGGAGCGUCGUAAGCAAUGUGGCAACAGCAGCCUCCGGGGCUCCCAGCCAAGCAAACAGCAUCGCAAGCGCCGCCGCGACAGCCGUCAAUGGCGCCAUCACGGCGAUCCCCCGGAAUCUCUCCAUCGGCACAAAACAAUACUGCGUGGGGUUCAGCGACCAUGUCGAAUGUCAUCAAUUGCCCGUGAACAUAUCUAGGAUCGUACCCCAGGUUGUUGCAAAUAUUCUGAGCGACGAAAUGGAAGAUUUGGAUCACCUGCGCAGCAUCUUCGCAACAGCUACCCCUGGAUGGAUCGGGGAUCCUUUCAUUAUCGGCAUAGCGACGGCCCUGGUGAUCGCUGUCGUCUUUUUCACCUCUAUGUUCAGCUGGCCCUUCCGCGCUGGUACUCUGUUGCAGGAUCUGAUGUUACCAUUAAUGCCCAGAUUGGUUAUUGGGCUCUUUUGUUGCAUCUCUUACCUCCUCCCAACAAUUGUUCUUUACCUUCUCUACUCCAAGUCGAAGGACCUCUCUUCCGAGAUCAGGGCUGAUCAGGGCCCGGUCGGCGGCUACUGCUGGGGCACUCUCUUUUCGGCUCUCAUAAUGACGGGAAUGACAACGUUUGUUCACAUCUUGGUCUGAUAACACCCGAUGAAAGGUCGUUAACUUUCACGGUGGCUCGGUCAAAUACACAGGUUAUCAUUUCGACGCCAUACCAUACACUGAGAGUGAGGAACUUGGACAGUAAAAUUGGGUGGUAAGGGCGUAUGAUUGGAUGAGAGCCCACAAGAUCACGUCCCUGAGCUUUACCGUGCCUGUGACCUGCUUGGCAAAAUCAGGGGGCUGGAUAGUUGUCCCCUCGGAACAAUCUGAAGCGCACCCAGCAUUCG